AUCUCAAAUAAAUGUUUUAAAAAUAGACUAUCCAUUAAUUAGAAAAUUAUGUUUUAAUUGUUAUGAAUUCAAGUAAAGAGUCUUUAGAUGAUGCCUUUCAAAAGAUGGUUAUUCAGAUGAAGCCUCACGUUUUGCAGAAUACAAAUGUAAAAGAAAGUCGUUUCAUAAGAGCUUGGAUUAAAAAACUUUGUAAUGAAGCUAUAUACUCAAUUGCAGAAAGGAAAAAUCGUAAUCUUUAUGCAUUAUUGCUGUUAACAAUGUUGCAUGAUGGUAGUCUAGAUGAACCAUUUACAACACUACCUACAGAUGGAGUGCUUCCAACUAUACCUGCUUAUAUUGUUGAUCAUCUUAAUUCAAUUGAUGUUAAUAAAAAGAAAAUAGGUCUUGAACCAAGCUGGCUUCAUGAUGAUUCCCUUCUACAAGAUUCACUAUUAUCUAUUGAAAACAAUUUGUUAGUUUACAAAGAUAUUUUUUCACCACAGAAACGAGAAAGAUUUAUGUUAUCCAGUCAUUUUUUGCUGAAAAAAAAUCAACUAAAUGAAAAUGUUAAACAUGUUGGAGUGUUCAAGUCAAAGUUUUCCAAUCCUAAUAAUGAAAAUGAAUCAAAUUCUUUUUCUGAUGAAGACUUGGAAAUAAAUAAAAUUAAAACUGAAUAUCAUGUCAGAAACAGAAAGAAAAGCUCCAAAAUCAAUGCUUUGCAUAAUACUGAGACAGGAACAGAAGCUAGUGCAUUAAAGAUACACAAAACUAAUUUGGAAGCACAAUAUCAACAUGAUCAAAUUGUUAAAAAGGUUGUUGAACAAAAAAAUGAUGAAAUAACCGAUGUUAAGAAAUUUUAUGAAGCUAAAAUUGAAGGACUUGAAAAAGUCAACAAAGGUCUGGAAAGCAAAAUUAGUACUUUAAAUGAAAAGUUGUCUACUCUAAAAUCUGCAAAUAGACAUGCUAAUGAGAGUUUAAAAAAAUCAGAAGAAAAAGCUGCUGAAACAGAAAAAGAGUUUGAAAAAAUUUUAUGUGAUAAACUCAGUGGCUUCGAAUUAGAAAUGUACAAGUUGCAAUGCUCACACCGGGAAAAUAUUCACCAACUUUUUAAUGAAGCUGAGGCCAAAAUAAACUCAAUUAAAUAUAUAAUGGAGAAAGAUAGCAGUCUUCUAAAAGAAGAAAUCAAAAAGUGCAAUGAGCGUCUUAUUAGUCAAACAAAAUGUAAUGAAACUAUCGAAAGAGAAAAUUACAAAUAUAGACAUGAACAGCAAGAAUAUAAAGACAUAAUUGAAAAGCAAAGAAUUCAAAUUGAAGAAUAUAAUAUCAAGCUUCAACAACAAAAAAAUCAAGCUCUGGAACUAGAGAAACUACAUCAAAAGUUUAUCGAUGAACUAAAUACAAAAAAUGAGCAUAUUUUAAAUUUACAAAAGGAACAGGAUCUGCAAAAUUUAAAAAAAUCAUCAGCAAUAUUAUCUUUGGAGGCAGAAUUAGUCCUGCUAAAAGAAACAAUAGAAUUAAUGAAGUCUAAUGAAAAAGAGACAAAGGUUUCUACAAAUCAAGAAAUUGUCAAAUUACAAUCUGCACAUAAACAACAGAUGCUUCUAAUAAAAAAUGAAUUAGAAAAUAAACUGUUAGAGUACGAAAAUAAACUAAAGAAAAGUGAUUUAUUAAUAAUUGAAAAAGAUGAAGAAAUCAAGAGGCUUCUUACAAAAAUUGAUUCUCAUGUCAAUGAAAGUAAUGAAGCUAUUGAAAGUUUUAAAAAAAAAGCAGAAGAAGAUUCAACUAAUAUGUUUAAAGAACUGUCAAUACAAUUAGAGGUUUUGCAAACUUCAUUACGUUCAGCAAGGCAAAAAAUAGAAGACAAUAAAGUUGAAUUUACUAAGCGUCUGGACGAACAAAGAUCAAUGUAUGAAAAGCAGAUUCUUAGUUAUAAAGAAUCGUUUGAAUUUGAAAAAUGUCAAUUGAAACAGCAAUAUGAUGAGCAGAGGUCAAACCUUCUUAAGCAAAUAGAAAAUCAAUCAAAUCAUCAAGAACAAUUUUUGAAAUCAUGGAAAGAAGAAGAAAGCAAGUACAAAGAUCAAAAUGAUAAACACCAAAAGACUAUUGAAGAAAUGGAAUCUCAAGUUAGAAGUUUGCGUGUGGAGGUAAUACAAGCAAAUACUUUAAGGAAAGAGCAGAUUGUUGAAAUAGGAUUGCUAAGAAAAGAAGAGCAAGAAGCUGCUCGGCGAAAUGAGGAGGCCUUACAUUCCAAGUACAAAAAUGAAAUAGAUGAAAUAAAUCUACGAUUACAAAAAGAACACAGUAUACAAUUAAAUUUGUUCACAAAAAAGAUGAAUGAGCAACUCAAAAACAUAGAGAAUGAAUAUUCAAAAAAAACUGCAGAGGAUCAUAAUAAAAUUGCAUCUUUAAGAGAGGAACUUUCUGCUGCUAACAAAAAAGUCGGUGAGUAUGAAAAACAGCUGCAAGAAUGUAUGGAAAUGGUUUCAGAUGAAAGAAAAAAGUUUUCAGAAUAUCAAAAUCAAAAUUUAUUAAAGAGAGAGGAGAUGGAAGAACAUUAUCAAAAUAUGUUAAUGAAAUCUGAUGAAAAUUUAUUUUGUUGUCGCCAAGAGUAUGAAAAUAAGUUAAAGGGAAUGUUAGCUUCAUCUGUCCAGCAAGAUUUAGAAGAUACCAUUUCAGCUCUCCGCGAGCAACUUCAAAUAAUGCAAGCUCGUAUCGAUAUUUUACAAGCAGAAUUAGAUGUUAACAAAGUGACAAAAUAGAUUUUAUAUUUAUUGAUAUCUUAUAAUAAUAUUUUAUUUAUAUUUUAAAAAUUUGCAUUAAUUAUUUAUUAUAUUUAUAGAAUAUAUGUUUUAUAUAUA